AUGUCCGCGGCAAUCGCUGCCACCGCGAAAGCGCUGGAAGAAAAGGCGCGCGAAAGCGCACCCGCGAGCGCGUAUACAACCAAUCCCAUGCCAUCAAAGUCACCCGAGCGGUCUCUGAUAAAGGGCGCGCAGCACAAGCGUAUGCAAUCCUUACAGACCAGCAGCGUGCGAGACCUGCGGAGCUUCCUCGAUGGCGCAAGGUCUCCAGAGCGGUCCCCGGAGCGGCAGAGCCGGGUGGGCACGCCUACCUUCAGCAGAGAGAAUGACAAGGACUACCUGUCUGCCUCACCGGAGAGGAGCCCGACUCGGAUGGGAACACCGACACCGGGCGGCCGCGACCUGCUCAAAGAUACCCCCAGUCUACGCCCUACGAGCCGACCUCUUCACAAGGCCAUACUCGGCGAAAAUACGCCACCCUCGGCGACAAUGCUGGCUCUACAGACGAUGCCCGUUCCCGCUGAUCUGGACACACCACUCCUGAAUAUCACAAACUCCUCAACUCCGCGACCCUCUCAAGCAGCCGAUAUGCUAUCUACUCAGAUCCAAAGCUUGACCACGAUCGCGACAAGUCUGCAACGUGAGAUGGCCCAGCUCAGCCGCCGCAGUAAAGAUAACGCUGGGGACUUGAUCAGUCUCAAAGAGGCCACAAAUUCGCGUGACGAGGACAUCAGAAAGAGCCUGAAGGAGCUUCUGAGCAGCGUGCAAAACUCCUUGGCAACGCAUGGCUUGCCUCCACCCGGCCUGACGCGCUCAGUCAGCUUCGAUCCUAUCACCACACCGCCUAACAAAUCCUUCACCCUACCCCGGAUACCGACCCCUAGCAGCCUGAUGUUCGAUGAUCUUCGUAUUGGCAGCCCCUCGCCCUACUCCGUCGAGGGCGCCGCCAGCGUCGCCAUGCUCGAGAAGAUCAUCCGGGAGAUGGUGACCAAAGAAGGGCAGGAGCGGCUCCUGUCGACACUCAACACACUCUUCGACAAGGCGAGCAAAGAGUCCAGCGACACGGCCAAGAAGGUCGGCGAGCUAAUGGAGUUUGUCAAGAACAAGCCGAACAGCCAGGCGCUCAUCACGACGGGACCUACUGGCAGCGGACCGCCGCAACUGGGGCUGGAAUACAGCAACCCCGAAGCCGGCAUUCUGACGCGCACGACCUUGGACAUGGGCCCGUCUCUUGCCAUGCCGAGUACCGGAGAUAGCGGAGGCGGGAAGGCUUAUUCCAGCCCGAAGGCGGCGGAUUUUGUCAGCGCAGACAUGCUGAAGCUGCUGAAGAAGAUCAAGGACAGCGUUGCAGAAUCCGGAGGCCAGACAGCGGAAGUGAAGGCGCUGGUGCGAGACCUCCGUGGAGAAGUCCUGGGUAUGGGACGAGAAAUUGCGCGGAAGAUCGACGAGCAGCACCGGUCCCGUGAGCCGCAUCUGGCACUCGAAGAGGGCCCGAAGAAAGUCAAUCUCGAGAACAUUGUCCGAGAUGGGCUCGCUGAACUCAAGGACCAUAUGGAUCGGGUGAUGAAGGAGCGAAGGCGACAGUCUUCUUCAUCCGUGAUCUCACGCACCACGGUCGACAGUCAGCAGGUCUACGAUGUAGUCAAGCAUGCACUGGCUGAGCGAGGUCUUGAUCAGGUAACCGCCCUCUCGCCUCAAGCGGCCGCCUUGAGCAAGGAAGAAAUCCUAGGGGCAGUCAAGGAAGCGUACGAGGCCUACACUCCGGACGUAGAAGUUCAGCAACUUGGUCUCGAACGCGACGAGAUCCUACAAUGUCUCAAGGAAGGUUUGGAAGGCUACCGCUCUAUCGAUGCUUCGCGUGAACCAGGCAUCAGCAGAGACGAGAUCAUGGACACCAUUCACGAGGCAAUACAACACGUCACCCUUCCGUCACCCGCGAAUGAAUUCCAGGAGCUCAAAGAAGAAGUCCUUCUCGCCGUCCGCGAGGCACUGGAAAACCACAAAGCUACAGUGAUGCCUGCCCCAGCACGUCGCCACGACGACCUCACCCGAGAAGCCGUCGUCGAUGCCGUGAAGCAAGGUCUCGCAACUCACGGUCCCAAUGCCGUGCGCGAGCUUGAAAUCAGCCGCGACGACCUCUUCCACGCCUUGAAAGCCAGUCUCGCGGACUCACCUCUCGGCACCUACAGUGAGCAAGUCAUGAACCGCCUCCACGGCCUCGUCGAGGACAUGCGCUCCGAGUUUAAGGCGUACUCCUCCGCCAAUGGCAGAGACACCGAGCAGGUCCUUGAUGCUGUCAAAGAUGGGCUGGAGAGCCUUCGUGCGGAGAUCGAGAGCUACGUUGACCGUGCGCAAGAUGUCACGGGCAAGGAUGAGAUCAUCGACACUGUCAAAGGCGGCUUGGAACAGCUUCGCAGCGAUGUCGAGGGCUAUGUGGCGAUCGGCCCACAGGGUGAUUCUGUCUUGAGCAGGACCGAAAUGCUCGCGUAUAUCAGGUCCGAGUUCGAGCAUCUACAUGAGACGAUUGGUGGAAGUGUUACCGCCCCGGCGAAAGACAAGGAAGAGAUCAUCUGUGCGCUCAAUGAGGGCUUCGAAGCGAUGAAGCUGCAGUCUGGCACUCGAGAUCUGGACGACGAUGAUGAGAUGAUGGAGGCUAUGAAAGAGGAAUUUGAGCUACUCAAAACCGAUAUACUAGGCGAAAGCACCUCGAACAAGGAUCAGCUGCUCGAGGCCAUCCACGCUGGACUUGAUCGGCUGCACGCCAGGCUUGACGGCCGUGAGGACAGGAGACCCGAAUCGAAUGAGGAGAUACUUAUCGGCUUGAAGGAGGAGAUGGUCCACCUGAGGGAAACUCUAGCAACAACACUGAUCAAGUCCGGCGCCUCGAAUGAUAGCGACGAGAUUGUUGACCGGGUCCGAGAGUUCAUUGACGGUCUUCGCAGCCACCUCUCGUCCGAGCAGAAGGCUGCCACGGAGGAGAACAUGGCAGCCGUUCGAGGAGAACUCAAGCACCUUCGCGAGACGAUGGGUACUGCUCUUGUUCGAAGCGGCGAGUCCGAUGACAAGGGUGAAAUCCUUGAAGCGCUUCGCUCCGGUUUCGAGGAAAUGUUGCCUCAGCUCAAGCAGGCAGAAGGUAGAGGCGCAACUGACGAGACACUGGUAAACAUUCGCGAGGAACUAGAGCGCCUGCGCACAACCAUAGCGGCUAGUAUUGUCAGCAACGCUCCGCGAAACGAUACCGAGGAGAUUCUGGACACCGUACGACUAGGCUUGGACGACCUCCGCUCGCAUCUCGAGCGAAAGAUUGAGAAUCCCGACAAGCACAUCUCGGCCACGGGAGAGGUUAUAGAUGCUUUGAACGAAGGCUUAGACUGUCUUCGAGCAGAUGUCUCGAAGAUCGUGAACAAGCCGGUUGACAUGACUGUCUCCUACGAAAUCUUGGACACCCUAAAGGAUGGUCUAGCUGGUCUUCGAGCGGAUAUUGAGCUACUGAAGGCCGACAAGGAGUCCGAGGCGGGUUCCACACGCGACGCUCCUACCGGCAAUGAGAUCGUGCUUGCUGAUUCGGAGGCGACCACGCCUCGCAAGGCGCCAGCAAAGAGUACCACCUCGGAGGAGAUUGCUCCUGAUGCUCUCCGCCGUAAGGACUUGGAGAAGAUGGAGGUCUUGCUUGCGAAGCUGCAGAUUAAAGUGGAAGCCAUGGACUCCAACAUCCAGAAUCCGAUUCCAGCGCCACCAGCUGCCGUUAUACCACUCGUACCCGCUCCUGGCGUUGCGCUACAGAGCGAUCUGGCCGGGAUCGAGGAGCUGCUCAAGGAUCUUCAGGGUAUGGUUGCGCUUGUCGCUGAGCGGGAUGGCAGCGGUCCGUCAGAUGCUGCUAAGAAGGAGGAUACUGAUGCCAUCGAGACACUCCUCCGCAAUACUUCAGCUAAGAUCGACGAUAUGAUUCUGACCGGGUUGGACGACGCAGUCACGAAGGAGAAGCUCGAAGCUGUGGAGGCUGCCAUGAAAUCUGCGAGCGAAGCAAUUGAGGGCUUGGGGCCCAGACUCGACGAGAAUGCCACCAAGGGUGACGUCGCCGUGGUGGAAGUCUUGGUUCAAGAUCUCAAGACUGCGAUCGAGGAGCUCAAGGACGUUAAGAAGCCAUCUGAAGACGUCGAUGAGGAGGCAGAGAAAGCCGAGAAGGUCACCAAGACCGACUUUGACAUCGUGGCUCUGCUUUGCAACGACAUCAAAACCAAAGUUGAGUCCAUGACUUUCCCGGAAGCAGAAGCGUUGCCCACGAAAGCAGAUGUAGAGCAACUGACUGGUCUGAUUCACGACUUCCGAGAGAGCCAUGACAGGCUCAGGGACAGCUACGAGACUGACAUCGCCGUCACGGCGAAGGCAUUCGAUGACCGGAAGAAAGAGGCUGAGGAUCUCAUCCUCGGUAUUGCUGAUAUGAAGACCUUCAUUGAAGAGGUCAAGGAAGAGCUGAAGACCCAGGUCACCGAAGGCGGAUCGAAUGUCGAGGCUCUCAAAGACGCAGUCAAGGGCCUGGAAGAAACCAUCAGCUCCAGAUUCAACAUCGACGCCGAUGUCAAGGAGCUCAUGGAGAUCGUCACGCGGGAGUUCGAGCGCGCUCAGGGCUCUAUCGAGGGCUUGAUAACCGAAAACGGGGAGAGGUCUGCUGUGAACCUAGAGAAGCACGACGAAGUCAAGACUGCUGUUGUCUCUGAGAUCUCCGCCAAACUGGACGAGCGUUUCGAGAUCAUUGCCGCCAGAUAUGACGACGCCGUACUCGCUGCAGACGCUCAAGUCAAAGCCAUGGAAGAGAAAUCCGCCCAGCAAGAGGAGCUGCUGACAAGCACUAGAGCGAUGGCUGAAGAGCUCAAACUUACGCUCGACACUCUUGGGGCAUCGGUUGUGAUGUUCGGGGAGUCUUUCAAAGAGGCGUCGGAGAAGAUGAGUGGGGAUUCGCAAAUCGUCUUCGACCGCAUGGAACAUACUGCUGCGAAACUUGAAGAGCACCACACGCUGAACAAAACGGAGCACCAAGACACGCGGCAUGAGAUUGCUAAAGCGCUCACCGCACUGGACGGCCUCCAAGGGGAGAUCAUCGAAAACCACCCUCGCUUCAGCAUCAUGCUGCAAGAGAUCCAGGCACUCGUCAAGCAGCACUACGAGCACGCGCAAAAGUCCGACGAAGCAGCAAAAGCGCAAGCCGCGCUCGCCGCCAAGGAAGCCCAGAACCGCGCUGAAGAGCUCGAAGAAAUUAAGAACAGCUUCCACGCCAGCGUCAUCGGCCUCCCAGCCCUGCUCCCUCCUCCACCGCCGCCAGCCCCCGAGCCAGAGAGAUACGACGACAGCCACGUCCAGGACAAGCUAAACAAGCUCAUCGAGCACGCAGCCGACUCAGAGAAAUCCAUCACGCAGCUCGACCGCCUCGACCAGAUCCACAAGCAGGUCCUCGCGACUGCGGCCGAGGUCUCUGACUUUGUGGCCAAGCAGACACAGUUCAUCACCGAGGGCCACGAGAGCAAAGAACGCGAGGCUGAGGAGGUGGCGCUGCUGCUCGAACGCCGCCUCGCGCAGAAGGACCAGCUCGAGUCCGAUAUCACGAGCCUGAACCAUGAGAAAGAGUCCCUUUCCACCGUGGUCGAGUCUCUGCGUGCCGAGAAGGACGCCCUUGCAGCGCACAAGGCCGGGCUCGCGGCCGACGUCUCCGCGCUCAAGACCGCCCUCGACAUCCGCCGCGAGGAACUCGCCAUCAUGGAGUCUAAGGCCGACACCCUCGAACGCCGCAUUCUCGAGCAGAUUAUGGAUCACUCCCGCGCAAUGAUGAUGGCGCGUUCCGCCCGUACAGUCCCUACCACCCACCCGAAACCCGCCCAACCUUCUCGCAUGGCCAGCACCACGCCCCAAAAACCCGCCACCACCACAGCAUCACCCGUCCCCAGCGCCGCCGCCACAGCCCUGACCCUGGCCCUCAAGGCCCGUCCCCCCGUCCGCCGCAACAACGGCGCCCCCAUCAAUCCAGCAAGCCGACGGAUCCUCUCGCUGAACCAAAUCACGCACAACGUCCCCACCGGCUCCGCCGCAUUCGUCGGGGCUCCCAACACAGGGCUCAAGCGCAGCCACAGCGUCAAGACGGCCGCGUUCCCGCGAAAGAGUUCCUGGGGCGGUCGCCGCAGUAGCGGCAUGGGGCUCGACAAGGAGAACGAAGUCUUAAGCGAGGAGAGCGAGGGCGAGGAGUUCGUCGAGUCGCGUCACGGUGGUGACGGGGAGCUGCAUACGCUGUCUGAGGCCGGCACGGAGAGGAGACAUAGCUACGCGACGGCCGUGACGGGGACGGAGAGUGCACUAACGUAUGGCACGGGGAGUUACUUGACCGAGACGCCGUCUACGGACCGGAGGACGAGUUUUGGGGCCGGGGAGAGCGAGAGGACGUAUGGGACUGGUUCGUACCUGACGGGAACGGAGUCGGAGAGGCGGACGAGCUAUGGGUCGACAGUUAGAUCGACGCUUGGGGGGACGGUUAUUGAUGAGGAGGGCGAGGAGGAGGGGGAGAACACGGAGGUGGAGCAGGAUCAAGAGGAAGGGGACGUAGGGGAAGCGGAUGGGCCAAGCGCAGAAGAGAUUCGGGAGGAGAUCGCGGCGGCGAAGAGGGGGAUGGUGCUCUAUGCGCCACCGAGUGACAGCGGGUUGGGGUCGGAUUUGCCGACGGGAAGGCUGAGUGGUGGGCAGACGGAUUACUUCAGGAGGGUUGCGGAGGAGGGAUCCCAGGUUGGGUGA